CCGCCAGCAGUCAGCCAGUUUGAACCCCAAACCCCACAGAUCGAACCCCACCCUCUGAGUAGCAGACUCUUUGUUCGUGGGGUGAUGCAGGCGGCGGUCCUUGCCAUGAAGCGUGGAUUGCAUGUGGGCAAACUGACGGCUUCAAAACGAGCCUGCCUCUAUCUGUCUCUUGAUCCACAGGCUGCUUCCAUGGCGCUGAGCAGCCUGGGCCAUGUCUACACCGCCAUCGGGGACUACCCCAACGCCCUGGCCAGCCACAAGCAGUGUGUCCUGCUGGCCAAGCAAUCCAAGGACCAGCUGUCUGAGGCCCGAGAGCUGGGAAACAUGGGCGCCGUCUACAUCGCCAUGGGGGACUUCGACAACGCCGUGCAGUGCCAUGAGCAGCACCUGGGCAUUGCCAAGGCCCUGGAGAACAAACGCGAGGAAGCCCGGGCCUACAGUAACCUGGGCAGCGCCUACCACUACCACCGCAACUUUGACAAGGCCAUGUCCUACCACACGCACGUUCUGGAGCUGGCCCAGGAGCUGGAGGAGAAGUCCAUCGAGAUGAGGGCCUACGCAGGACUGGGACACGCGGCUCGCUGCAUGCAGGACCUGGAGAGGGCCAAGCAGUACCACGAACAACAGUUGUCCAUAGCGGAGGGACUGAAGGACAGGGCUGCAGAGGGAAGGGCCUCCUCCAAUCUGGGCAUCAUCCACCAGAUGAAGGGGGACUACGAGACGGCCCUGAAACUCCACAAAACCCACCUGGCCAUCGUUCAGGAGCUGAACGACUACGCUGCCCAGGGCCGGGCCUACGGCAACAUGGGUAACGCCUACAACGCGCUGGGAGCCUUCGACCAGGCGGUCCGCUACCACCGGCAGGAGCUGCAGAUCUCCAUGGAGGUCAACGACCGGGCCUCGCAGGCCUCCACCCACGGCAACCUGGCGGUGGCUUACCAGGCGCUGGGCGCCCACGACCGCGCUCUGCAGCACUACCAGAACCACCUCAACAUCGCCCGGGAGCUCCGGGACGUCCAGAGCGAGGCGCGCGCUCUCGGCAACCUCGGCAACUUCCACUGCUCCCGCGGGGAGUUCCCUCAGGCCGUGCCCUACUACGAGCAGUACCUCCGCCUGUCCCCGGACCUCCAGGACAUGGAGAGCGAAGGGAAGGUCUGUCACAAUCUGGGUUACGCCCACUACUGUCUGGGGAACUACCAGGACGCGGUGAAAUACUACGAGCAGGACUUGGCCCUGGCCAAGGACCUGCACGACAAACUGAGUCAGGCCAAGGCGUACUGUAACCUUGGCUUGGCCUUCAAAGCCCUCGGGGACUUCACCAAGGCGGAGGAGUGUCAGAAAUACCUGCUGUCCCUGGCCCAGUCGCUCAACAACGCACAGGCUCGCUUCCGAGCCCUGGGGAACCUCGGAGACAUCUUUGUCUGUAAGAAAGACGUGACUGGAGCCAUUCAGUUUUACGAGCAGCAACUGGCCUUGGCUCACCAGGUUAAGGAGCGCAGGAUGGAGGCCUGCGCCUACGCAGCCCUUGGGGCCACUUACAGACUAGUGCAGAAGUACGACAAAGCUCUGGGCUACCACACCCAGGAGCUGGAGGUGUACCAGGAGCUGGGCGACGUGUCGGGGGAGUGCAAAGCCCACGGCCACCUGGCAGCCGUCUACAUGGCCCUGGGGAAGUACGCCAUGGCCUUCAAGAGCUACGAGGAGCAGCUGGAGCUGGGUCGGAGGCUGAAGGACCCUGUUGUGGAGGCUCAAGUGUACGGCAAUAUGGGCAUCACCAAAAUGAAUGUAGGUGUGAUGGAGGAAGCCAUUGGCUACCUGGAGCAGCAGCUGGCCACAUUACAGCAGCUGAGUGGCAACGAGGCGAUGAUGGACAGGGGCAGGGCCUACGGGAACCUGGGGGACUGUUACGAGGCUCUGGGAGACUUUGAGGAAGCCAUCAAGUACUAUGACCAGUAUCUGUCGGUGGCCCAGAGCCUCAACCGCAUGCAGGACCAGGAGAAGGCCUACAGCGGCUUAGGCAACGGACACAGGGCCAUGGGAAACCUCCAGCAGUCGCUGGUGUGCUUCGAGAAGCGGCUCGUCGUGGCCCACGAGCUGGGCGAGUGUGGCGGCAAGGCGCAGGCCUACGGUGAACUGGGCGCGCUGCACAGCCAGCUGGGAAAUUACGAGCAGGCCAUCUCGUGCCUGGAGCGCCAGCUGGCCAUCGCCCGGGACACCCGGGACCGACUGCUGGAGGGCGACGCCAGCUGCGGUCUGGGCGCCGUGUACCAGUCGAUGGGAGAGUACGAGACGGCGCUGCGCUGCCACCAAAGCGACCUGGAGAUCGCCGAGGAGGCGGGCAGCCCCGCGCGCCAGGCCCGCGCCUACGGGAACCUGGGCCUCACCUACGAGUCGCUCGGUAACUACGAGCGGGCGGUGGUGUUCCAGGAGCAGCACCUGAGCGUGGCGGCUCAGACCAACGACCUGGCUGCCAAGACGCUGGCCUACGGCAGCCUGGGGAGGACGCACCACGCGCUGCAGAACUACUCGCAGGCUGUCAUGUACCUGCAGGAAGGCCUGCGGCUUGCCGAGCAGCUGGUUCGGCGGGAGGACGAGGCCAAGAUCCGCCAUCGUCUUGGGCUGUCUCUGUGGGCCAGUGGGAACCUGGAGGAGGCCCAACAUCAGCUGUACCGGGCCUCGGCUCUGUUUGAGACCAUCCGCCACGAAGCCCAGCACAGCACGGACUACAAGCUGUCCCUGUUCGACCUGCAGACCUCCUGCUACCAGGCCCUCCAGCGGGUCCUGGUCAGCCUAGGCCACCACGACGAGGCGCUGGCGGUGGCGGAGCGCGGGCGGACGCGAGCCUUCGCAGACCUGCUGGUGGAGAGACAGACGGGGCAGCAGGACUCGGACCCCUACACCCCGGUGACGGUGGACCACAUCCUGGACACGGUCAACAGCCAGAGGGCCCUGGUGCUGUAUUUCUCCAUGGCUGCCGGGUACCUGUACAGCUGGCUGCUGGCUCCGGGAGCAGGCAUCCUGAAGUUUCACGAGGUGUACCUGGGCGAGGGCGUCUCAGACGGAGGCUCAGAUUUCCAGGAGGGGGGGGGCGGCGGCGGGGGGGUGGUCAGCGGCUCCUCGUUGGAGCAGCACAUCGCCAGCGCCCGCGAGGCUCUGGGGGUGGAGUCUUACUACAGCAGAGGGUGUUCGAGCAGCGAGACGGAGAGCGAGGCGGGAGAUUUGUUGGACCAACAAUUCGAGGAGCUCAACAACAAGCUUAACUCCGUCACUGAUCCCACGGGCUUUCUGCGCAUGGUGUCCAGAAACAACCUGUUCAACAGGUGCUUCCAGAGCAUGACCAUCCUGUCAGUAACCCAUGUCACCCGCCAAGGACGCAGCUCCUCGCUGCCCCGGGCGCGCUCCGGGGGAACAUCGGGGAAGCCCCCCUCCGGGCUGUCUGUCCGAUUGCUGUCUAUCGCCACCGAUGGAGGGAGUGAGGGGGGGAUGGAGGGCUUGAUGCACUCCAGCGGGCCCGUGGGCCGACACCGUCAGCUGGUGAUGGUGCUGGAGGGGGAGCUCUACCUCAUCCCCUUCGCUCUGCUCAAAGGAAGCUCGUCCAACGAGUACCUGUACGAGCGCUUCAGCCUCAUCGCCGUGCCCUCCAUCCACGGCCUGGGAACCAGCUCCAAGGCUCACUCCCGGCGCCCUGGACCGGCUCCUUGUGGCGGUGUCUCCAUGGCAGCGGUGGUGGGAAACCCCCGGCUGCCGUCUCCCGUGAUGGACCGCUGGCUGUGGGGGCCCAUGCCCUCCGCAGAGGAGGAGGCCCUGAUGGUGGCCGAGCUGCUGGGCUGCCAGCCGCUGGCCGGCCCCGCUGCCACCAAGGAGCGGGUGAUGAGCGCCCUCACACAGGCCGAGUGCGCCCACUUUGCCACCCACAUUUCCUGGAAACUAGCGGCUCUGGUGCUCACCCCGAACCCUGAGAACGUCGCCGGGGGAGCAGGUGCAAACGUGGGAGGUGGAACCGUGGGGAGAGGUGCGGGGGGUAGGAGAGGCAGCAGUGGCCGGGGCAGGAAGGGCUCCAUCGGGAGCGGCUACACCGUCCCCGAGUCCCUGCACAUGCAGGACGACGGCAGCGACGUGGAGAGCAUUUGUGACAGUCCGCCCCUGCAGGAGUUCCUGCUCACGGCUGCGGAUAUACUGGACCUGAGGUUGCCCAUCAAGCUGGUGGUGCUGGGGUCGUACCAGGAGUCCAGCAGCAAAGUGACAGCAGACGGGGUGGUGGGUCUGACCCGGGCCUUCCUGGCUGCCGGGGCCCAGUGUGCCCUCGUGUCCCUGUGGCCCGUCCCCGUCGCGGCGUCCAAGGUGUUUGUCCACGCCUUCUACACCGCGCUGCUCAACGGCACCAAGGCCAGUGCAGCGCUGGCGGACGCCAUGAAGACCGUCCAGAGCAGCAAGCAGUACUCGCACCCCUCCAACUGGGCAGGGUACAUGCUGAUUGGUAACGACGUGAAGCUCAACAGCCCCUCGUCCCUCAUUGGCCAGGCGCUGGCGGAGAUCCUGCAGCAUCCAGACAGAGCCCGGGAUGCUCUGAGAGUUUUACUCCAUCUGGUGGAGAAGUCUCUGCAGAGGAUCCAGAACGGCCAGCGUAACUCCAUGUACACGUCCCAGCAGAGUGUGGAGAACAAGGUGGGGGGGGUCCCCGGCUGGCAGGCGCUGCUGACCGCCGUGGGCUUCCGUCUGGACUCGGUGGGCAGCGGGAUGCCCGCCGCGGUCUUCUUCCCCACCGCGGACCCCGGGGACCGGCUGCAGCAGUGCAGCACCACCCUGCAGUCACUGCUGGGCCGCCCGCCUCCGGCUUGGCAACUCAUCACAGCUUCAGCGGCCGGGGAGCAUCUCAUCACUCGGGCUGUAAAAAACAUGGUGGCCAUGCUCCACCAGGUGCUGGUCCAACUCCAGACGGGAGAGAAGGAGCAGGAUUUCUCCCUCCUGCCCAUUCAGGUGUCCAUCAGCGUGCAGCUCUGGAGACUUCCAGGGUGCCACGAGUUCCUGGCUGCGCUCGGAUUUGACUUAUGCGAGGUGGGCCAGGAAGAAGUGGUGCUGAAGACCGGCAAGCUAGCCAACCGCCGCACCCUGCACUUUGCUCUCCAGUCUCUGCUGGCGCUAUUCGACUCGACGGAGCUUCCCAAGCGUCUGAGCCUGGACAGCUCGUCCUCCCUGGAGUCUCUAGCUUCCGCCCAGUCCGUGUCCAACCCCCUGCCCAUGGGGUACUCCAGCCUCCCCUUCUCCCCCCCGUGCCUGGACAGCCAGGCCUCGGACGCCAUCUCCGUCUACAGCCUCAGCUCCGUGGCCUCCUCCAUGAGCUGCGUCUCCAAGUCCGACUGCGAUUUCCUCGGCCACCGGCAACGCGGCGGUGCCACGGCGCACUACUCCGUCCACAAGCACCCUCACGUUCCUCGGAGUCGCUCCUCGCCUCACGGGGCAGCUGCUGCUGCUGCGGCGGCGGCGGCGGGGGCAGCAGGGGCAGCAGGGGCCCGAGGGGAGGACGAGGAGUACGAGGGAUUUUCCAUCAUCAGCAGCGAACCGCUGGGAAGCCACUGCGACUCUUUGCCGCUGCCGCCGGGCCACAGCCAGCGGCACCACCGGGGAGGCAAGGGGGUCGUCGGGGGGUCCGGGGCAGGAGCAGGGAGGGGCUACACCGUAUCGUCCAGGGGCAGCGUCAGCACCCCCACCUCCCCUGUCAAAACAUGCCUGGCGCCCAGCCCGAACUCCCCCUUCCAGAAGGUAAAGGGUAAGGUGAGCAGCUCAGAUACAGGCGAAUCGGACCAGUCCAGUACCGAGACGGACAGCACUGUCAAGUCUCAGGAAGAAAAAACUGUCCCUCUGGAUCCUCAGGAGCUGGCCCAGAAGAUCCUGGAGGAGACCCAAAGCCAUCUACGGGCCGUGGGGAGUCUUCAGCGAACUGGGCCCGAGGGUGCUGGAGGAACAUCAGUGCGGAGCAGCGCCUUCCGCUCCUCCGAAACAAGCGCGUUCAGCCGCCCCAACAGCAGCGCCAGCGGCCGAGCUCAGUCGUCCCCAAGGCCCAGACCUCCGUCCCGGUCCUCGUCCCUGCAGAAGAUAAGCUCCGGCUACAACAGCCCUGCGAUCUCAGAGUCUUCCCAAAAGGAGGGCAGCCACCCUUCGCCCACUCUGGACAGCCACGCACAGUUCCGAUUAAAGUACCCGAGCUCCCCGUACAGCGGCCACAUCUCCCGUUCCCCGAGCAACGUGUCUCCCAGUUCUGGUCUCCAGUCCCCGGCCGGCAGCGCCCCGUCCCCUGCCCUGUCGUACUCCUCCACGGGCUCCGCCUGCUCCACGUCGGCCGACGUCCCGGACCUGGACCGGCUGAGACGAGGCGUCAUUGACGAGAAGGUCCAAGCGAUCCACAAUCUGAAGACCUUCUGGGCCAACGCCGCUGCAGCAGCAGCCCAGCAGCAGCAACACCUGGGUCCCGUCCGAGCCGUCCACGGCGCCCCGGGGUCCCUCGCCUCCGCCGGCAGGGACGUACUGAGCCUCCUGAACCUCUCGCCGCGCCGCUGCUCCCCCAACGAGACCCAAGACGGGCUGGAGCUGCGGGAGCUGGGGCUGCAAUCGCUAGACAGGGGCAGCAAGAACUCCUCCAACGGACACCACUGCUCCAACCCCAGGAAAGUUGCCCCGUCGCCGACCAUCUCCACGAGCAGCAGCCCCGGCGCUCGUUCCAUCCGACUACCCGCCGGCAACGGGUACAAGUUCCUGUCGCCCGGAAGGUUUUUCCCGUCGUCGAAAUGCUGAGACAUUUCCAAAAAAACAA